AUGUUGUCUAGUUUAGGAUCAAGACUUAGCACCCUUAAACUUCAAUCCAUUAAACCAAGACAUUAUGUUGUCAUCAUCCUUGUGUUUUUCUUAGUUUUCUACGCCCUUCUAAUCUCUUCCUCCACUACCACCACUUCCAGACCUUUCCACUUACUUGAAAUCACUUUCAGCAGUGGUGAUGCCUCAUCUGGGGUCUACUAUGCUGAUGCUUUGACUGAGUUACAAGUCGACAUCGGUUACUUUUCUUCUUGUAUCCAAACCAAUUAUCUCAACAAUAUUGACAGCUGGACCUGUGGCACCAAUGAAAAACACUUGUUACUUACCGACUCCAACUUUUCUGAUUCUUCCGAUGCUAAUGUUGAUUUGCUUAACUUAUACAUUGGCACUGCCCAGGAAUUCAGAAAGUAUUGUUUGACUCCAUAUGUUGUCGUUGCUGCAUUGGCCGUUGCCUUUUUCACUUUGGUGAUGUUUGCCUUCUCCAGUCCACAAUCUUCUCCAGGGAUGUACAAGUACGCCGCCAUGGUUUGUUUCCUUGGAUUUGCUAUCACUUUGGUCGCUGCUGUUUGGCAAGAAACUAACAUCUUAACCGCCACACACCUUAUGAAAACCAUGGUAGACAGCUACUACGAAAUCUCUAUUAGCUACAAUAUUAUUGCCCGUGUCUUCGUAUGGAUGGGUGUUGGCUUAAUGUUGAUUGCCACCGGUUUGUUGGCCUUCUUGGCUGUGAUUGGUACUUUGAUCAGAGACAUCGCCGAAGAAGUCUUUGACGAAGAAAAAAUGUGA